GAGAGAGAGAGAGAGAGAGGGAGAGAGGGAGAGAGGGAGAGAGAGGGAGGCAUGAUUUGUUUGCUGAUCAGAGCCAAUAGAAAGCUCUCAGUGUGAUCAGAUCCACAUGCAAGUGACGGAGACGAGCCAGAAAGCAGAGUUCAAACACACACACACACACACAGAGAGAGAGAGAUUGAUAGAGUCUCCUCCAGCAGAAAGCAGCAUCAGUCUGAGAGGAUCCUUCACAAACAGCAGCAGAGGCUCUCUUCUGCUCCGUCCAUGGGCCGGCGUUCCUGGACACCGUCUCUGACCGCACACUCGUCCAGGAUGAGCUGUAAGGUGGCGCUGUGGCUGCUGCUCGCCGGUCUGCUGUGUCUCGCCUCUGCCGGCCGUAAAUCCCGGCCGCAGGGAUCCAUCCCGUCACCCUACAAGACCAACUCCAACACCUCCGACCGGCGCACACGCAAACAGGAAGUGCUGGCCUCCAGCCAGGAAGCUCUGGUGGUGACAGAGCGCAAGUACCUGAAGAGCGACUGGUGCAAGACGCAGCCGCUGCGGCAGACGGUCAGUCAGGAGGGCUGCAAGAGCCGCACCGUCAUCAACCGCUUCUGCUAUGGCCAGUGCAACUCCUUCUACAUCCCGCGGCACGUCAGGAAAGAGCAGGAGUCCUUCCAGUCCUGCGCCUUCUGCAGGCCGCAGCGCUUCACCAGCCUCACCGUGGAGCUCAACUGCCCUGACCUGCAGCCGGACGUCCGCUACCGCAAGAUCCAGCGCGUCAAGCAGUGCCGCUGCAUGUCCGUCAGCGUGUCCGAGUCUGGGAAACAGUGAGAUACUGACCAUGUUUCACUGGAAAACACCUGCUGCUAAUCUGAGCUGAGAGACUGCAAGGCUUCAGCACGCCAUCUUAGGACUGUCCUGCUGGACACUGGUCACUAUCAGUCACCACUGGUCACUGUCGGUCACCAUUGGUCUCCAACGGUCUCCAUCAGUCACUAUUGGUCACUAUCAUCUGACACUAUCGCUCACUAUUGGUCACUAUCAUCUGACACUAUCGCUCACUACUGGUCUCCACUGGUCAAUCUCGGUCAUCAUUGGUCACUAUCUUCAUUGGCUACUGUCAGUCAUCACUGGUCUCCAUCGGACUCUAUUGGUCACCAUUGGUCACUAUCAUUCAUCACUGGACACUAUUGGUCACUAUCAGUCAUCAUUAGACACCAUUGAUCACUGUUGGUCACCACUGGUCUCCAACCGUCACUGUUGGUCACUAUCGGUCAUCAUCGGACAGUAUUGGUUACUACUGGUCUCCAUUGGACGUCAAUAUCAGUUUUCAUUGGACACUAUUGGUGACCAUAGGUCUUCAUUGGUCACCAUUGGUCUCCAACAGUCUCUAUCAUUCACCGUUGGUCACCAUAGGUUUUCAUUGUUCACUAUCAGUCAUCACUGGACACUAUUUAUCACUAUCAGUCAUUGUUAGACACUUUUGGUCACCGCUGGUCUCCAGCCUUUACUGUUGUUCACUAUAGGUCAUCAUCGGACACUAUCGGUUACUACUGUUCUCCAUCGGACUAUAAGUCACUAUCAGUUAUCAUUGGACACUAUUGGUCACCAUAGGUAUUCAUUGGUCACUGUCGGUCACCACUGGUCUCCAACAGUCUCUAUCAGUCACCGUUGGUCAUUAUAGGUCUUCACUGGUUACUAUUGGACACCAUCAGUCAUCAUUGGACACUAAUGGUCACCAUAGGUCUUCAUUGGUCACUGUCGUUCACCAUUGGUCUCCAACAGUCUCUAUCAGUCACCGUUGGUCACUAUAGGUCUUCACUGGUUACUAUUGGACACUAUCGGACACCAUAGGUCUUCAUUGGUCACUGUCGGUCACCAUUGGUCUCCAACAGUCUCUAUCAGUCACUGUUGGUUACUAUCGGACACUAUCAGUCAUCAUUGGACAAUAUCGGUCUCCACUGGACACUAUUGGUCACUAUCAGUCAUCACUGGUCACUAAGGUCAUUAUCGGUCACUAGAGAGUGUGUGGAAACUAACGGACGUGCAGAGAAAUGACUCCACACUGAACUCUGUGCGGGAGCUGCUGCCUGUGUGAUGAUCACUGAUAGUUAACACCAAACAUCCAUAACUAGACCGAUUAUAGAGAUUCUAUAGAUAUAUGGUACAGAAAAAGUAUAUAUAUGUAGAGAAACAACUUAAGUCUAUAUUAAAAGUAUUGAGUUCUAUUCUAGUCUUCUGUUUUUUUAGGGGUUCAGUCUGGUUUAUCUAAAGCUGACAUGGGAAAACUAGCCUCCAUGUGGUUUAAUCCGGUUGGUUUUCUUCAUUGGUUAGCAGUUAUUAAAACCCUGGAAGAUUCACAUUAUUAUGUUCGAGAACCUCAGUAAUCAAUUCAAUGCAGAUCCAAUGCAAAUCUUUGGGGAAAAUUGGUGUACUGGAUAUAAAGGCCCGCCCACACCAAGAAUGAUAACUAUAACAAAGUUUCAAUAAUCGCUGUAACUAUAAGAGAACAGUGCAGUCCACAUCGCAACUAUAUGAUAUGGCCUUUAGUCUCACAAUUCUGACUUUUUCCUUGCAAUUCUGGGUUUAUCUCACAGUUCUGAAUUUUUCUUGCAUUCAGAAUUGCAAGAUAUAAACUCAGAAAUGCAAUAUAUGAACUCCGUACUGCAAGCGAAAGGUCUGAAUAUUUGAGAAAACACAAUUGUGAGGAAAAAAAAGACAGAAUUGUGAUUAAGUCAAAAUUAGGAGAUGCAAACUCAGAAUUAAGAGAAAAAAGUCAUUAAUUCGCAUUCAAUUUAUAUCUUGUAAUUCUGACUUUUUCACUGAAUUUUGAGUAUAAAUCUGACAAUUUGGAGAUUAUAUCAUGCAAAAUGGAGGAAAAAAGCCAAAAUUGUAAAAUAUAAGCAUGCAAUUGUCAGAAAAGGUCAGAAAUUUACGAUUUUAAAAAAAAGUCACAUUUACCUUUAUUUUUUUGUUUUAUGGUAGAAAACAAAGAAACAAUUCCAAGAUGUAAACUCAGAAUUGAGAGAUAAAUAAAUUUUAAGAUAUCAACUGAUUUUCGUGUAAUUAUGAAUUUACAUCUCGCAAUGGACUUUUUUCUCUGAAUUGCAAGUUUUUGUCUUCUUGCA